AUGUUGAUCGCCCUUCUCUCCAAGUGGAGCUGUCACGUCUGCUCCUACCUCUAUCCGGCAUAUGCAUCAUACAAGGCUUUAGCUCAUCACCCGGACUCCUCACCCGAGGCCAUGGCGCAAGUGGAGAGGUGGUUAAUGUAUUGGGCUGUGGUGGGUACAUGGACUGCGGUUGAAAGUGUCCUAGGGUGGACUUUCACUUGGCUCCCAUUCUAUAGCUUAAUCAAAACGCUCAUCUUCCUCUAUCUCUCCCUUCCCCAAUCCGAGGGCUCAUCAUACAUCUACACGAAUCACCUUGCGCCUUUCUUCCACGAACAUGAAUCGGAUAUCGAUGCUUUCCUCGCUAGUCUCAGAUCGAGAGCUUCUACAGCUUUGGCAGGUGGAUUGGGUUGGUGUUGGGAGAAAGUCAAAGCUCAACUCAACAUCGCUCUUCCAGCUGGCCAUGAGCCUUUCCCUAAUCAAGGGGGAUAUAAUGUUGGAGACGCUCAAGGAUUUGAUGUCCCCGGACUACACCAGCCUCCCACUUUGCAAGAUCCAGCUUCGGGUGCUAUACAACAGGUCUAUGGGUUAUUCUCACGAUAUGCAGGACACUACAUGCCAGUCGCUCUCUCUGCUCUCACCGCAGCUGCAGCUUCCGCUCAAACUUCUAACAGAUCUGCACCAGCAAGUUCAGGUUUCCCCGCACGAGCGGAGCAGGUCCCUGAAUCCAUGUCUAUGCCUAUCCCAAUCCCUACACCAGGUGUCAGAUCUUCGCCAUCCGAUACGACCCUUCGAUCCAGAACGUACCUCCAUGCGAGCGGCAGUGGCAAUGGCAUCUCAUCACCUGAAUUAGCUGCAGCAUCAGGACGAUUUCAGGGUGGACGAAGCAGACCAUCAGCCAGUUCAAGUAACUCUGAUGAAUCGUUAUUCAACUCUGCGCCAAACUCGAAGAACAGUAGUCAUGUGAGGUUAUCAAGCGGUUACGAACAGAUCAAUCGUGAUGAAGCUUUAGGUGCACCUAACGGACAAAGGCCCGCUAUGGGAGAUCAGAGGAGAUCAAGUGGUUGGUUUGGUUGGGGUGGAGUUGGCAUUCCUGAUAAACCGAAAUCUGAAUGA